UCAGUUGAAUCGCCGACCAAUACCAAAGACAAUUUUUCGUUAUCUGGCAAGCAAUAUCUGCUUUUUGUUUGUAGGUUAUGUUUUAGUGAUUAAUUGUCAAAAUUUAUGUUGAAUAUUUUCGUGUAAUUUGUUCAGUUAUAAGGUGGACAUGAACUUAUUUGUUGUAUUGCCUCGUGAAAUAUUAUUUAGAUCGUCCGUUCUAGUUACGUAUUUUACAUCUUUCGUCCAUUUAAUGACUGUGUCGAUCUCGGAGUUUUACUUGACAUUGAGUUAUUGAAUUGAGAUGUGAACACGAAAGUGGAUACGCACUCGUCACCUUUAUCAACAACGUGAAGUUUUCAAACUUAGUACUUUGUAGAUCUGUACAUUUGAGUUUCGUUAUUUGUAUAGUGUAGACAUAAGCCGUCAAGAUGACGAUGAGUCAGUUAUCAGUUAUGAAACUUUAUAAUACAGUGGUGGACGACGUGAUAGCCGGAGUGAGAGAUUGCUUUCUGGACGACGGUGUCGACGAACAAGUGUUACAAGAAUUAAAGCAACUAUGGAAAACCAAACUUCAAGCAACCGGGGCUAUGGAUCCACCACAGCCCGAAGCACAAAUACCGCCCCCUCCGGUAUUACAGAACUUUCAAAAGGCCAAUGGUAACAAUGUGGUGCCCAAGAAAACUGAUACAUACAUGGGCCAGCAAGGCUCAAGCCAGAACUCUGGUGUGGAACAUGGUGCUCCAGUGUCAAACCUAGCUGGUGCUCAUCCACAUCAUGUGCUUGACCCCAACAACAAAGUGCCUGUGCAGCUUACCUUGCCCGCACAGCCUGGGGUACCAGGCUCACAACCUCGCUCAUUUACUAUCCAAAUUCCUGCUUCAGCACUAAAUGGUAAUAAGCUCCAUCAAGUGCUUACAGGCCCCAUAAUUAACGCCACAAUAAGUUUACCUCAACCUCUAGCUGCCACGCUCCUCCAGCAACACAUUAACUCUGCAUUAGCCGGGCAACAGAAUGAAUUUGACGGAGGUGGUGGUGGUGGCCGCAGUGGGGCUGCACCCUUCUCUUUAGAUGGUGCUCUGGACUCCUCCGAUGAUGAAGGCUCCAAUGUUGGCGAUGGGUCAGAGGAUGGUGCUGGUGAUGAUGACGAAGAUGAGGAGUCAGUUGAGGAGCGAGCAGAAGAGGAAGAGGAAGAGAGGGAUGAGAGUGGAGGAGCAGAAGAGGAACCUCUUAACUCUGGUGAUGACGUCUCUGAUGAGGAGCCUGGGGACAUGUUUGACACUGACAAUGUGGUAGUUUGUCAAUACGAUAAAAUUACCCGCAGUCGUAAUAAGUGGAAGUUCUACCUUAAAGAUGGUAUCAUGAACUUAGGUGGGAAAGACUUUGUCUUUCAAAAAGCUAAUGGUGAUGCGGAAUGGUGAAAAUUUCCUAAUGAUGAACAAAUAAGCUGUGUGUAUUUUUAUAGAAGGUGUAACUUGUUGUAUCUUGAAUGUUGGAAGGUAACCACUAGGGAAUACAAAGACAAUGGUGAAGUACUGGCUCACGACCCUAAUGCUCACUGGCUCCGAUCAUAGUUAGACACCAGCUCUAUGUAAAUUAUAUUAAUCAUUUCUAUACCAUUUUCUGUUCAAAUGCUAUUACUCAAUAAAAUAUAACUAUUUUAGAUAACCUAAUUAUAUAAAAAUGUUUAAUUAUUAGUUGAUUCAAAUAAAAAUACUUGUUCUGUGAUUGGAUUGUAUAAUAAAUAUGUAAUUAUGUAAUACAUCAAUUGUUAGGCAGUCAUACCAAUUUUAACUUACCAAAUCUUACAAGAUUUUGUAUAGUUAGGUUGAAGCCAGUGUUGCUAUACUUAUUAUACAAAUGAUUACUAUGUCAGAUGUUGGAGUGGGUUAAAUGAUUUUUGAGCUUUUUAACAUUAGUUAUUUUCAAAAUAGAAGGUGUGUUGUACAUUUUGAUUGUGUUUUUGCUAUUUUAGCUUCACAUAUAGUUGGUACAUAAACCAAUCAUUGUAAAAGUAGAAAUCUGCACUAUGUAAUGUAUAAUAUCUAAGUUUUGUGCCAUAACAAAGCGACCAUUUAGAAUCAAAAUUACAAGAACUGUGUAUUAACUGCUUUAACAAAUGGUGCCUAAUUGAAGAUAGUGUUUCAAGACUCUUUUCCUUCUUUUAACAUAAACUAUUGCUACUUUAAAUCUAAUACAAUUUGUGUUGCUCAGUGAUGAACACACUCAAUAAUUAAUCAUUGUCACAAUAGAUAUUAUAAAAUAGUGAUGUACACACAAUUUAUUCCUUUUACUAUUAUAAGAUUUCUACUAGAUUGUUCCCUAUCUUGUAUUAGACACCAUUUUGUGAUAACAAUAGGUUUCAUGCUACAUGUAGUGAUGUAUGUUUGUACUAUUGUUUACCCAAACAGAAUUAAUUAUGUAUAAAAUAGUUAUCAUUUGGUUGUGGUUGUAGUUAUACUUUGAUUGGAAUAGAAAUAAUGCUUUUAUUUUUUAAUAAUUACCUGUACCAUUGAUUCAUGAUAUUCAGCACCAACAUAUUACAAUGUUAUAUUUAUGUACUAUUUAAUAAACUACUUAGUGAAGCUGGUAGCAUCUAUGUAAUAACUAGUGUGAUUAUUAUACUAAGCCCAAAUUAUUAAGUAAUGUGUACACAGGUGUAUCACAUAGUUUCAUAAAUUUUGUUAAUAGAAUAAGUUGAGUUUUUACAUCCAAACAUUACUUUGUAAGUUUCUUCAAAAUAAAAAUAGUUCAGUUAAUUACUGGAAAUGUAUAUAUUUUUUCUUAAAUUGUUCAGUAUUUAUCUAGAAGUAUUUCCAUAUGAAACAUAAUGUUCAUUCCCAAAUAGGUCAAUUCAUAAAUAUUCCAAAAGGUAGUUUUUAUAGAAACCUACUCUGUACCUUGGUAAACCUUUGAACAUCCUCAAAUUGAACUCACUAACUUUAGGAUGUCUUGUCGCUAAGUUAUUUUAUUGUGAUAUCUAUGUUAAUAAUGCUUUGUUUUUUAUUAUUCAUAAUUAGUGGGAUAUUGAAAAAUUAUUCUAAAUUAAUUUGUAAUUUAAUGAUCUAUAAAAAUAAUAGUAUACAGCGAGUUCCAUCUGUCUAGUUAAUUCUCAAAUAGGUGUAAUAUAAGUUUUCUUAUGGUUUGUUUCAACCCUUUAAUAAAACGUUUGAUGAAAGUGGUAAUUAAAAUAAAUAUGUUGCAAAGUA